ACUACAAAAUACUAACCACUGCGAUUGAGGAGAUUGGCCCAAGAAGCGUGGUUGGGGUAAUCAUGGAUAAUGCCCGGGUUUGUGUGAAGGUCGGGAAGUUGGUGGAGAAAAAAUACCCGUGGAUAUUCCGGGUGGGUUGCACGGCGCAUGCCUUUGACCUCGCAUUGGAGGACAUGGACAAGCGCAUUCCGUGGUUUGYGGAAACUGUGAAGAGAGGGAAUGUGCUGGGGAAGUUCGUGAUGAACCACGACAAGKUUCGAACACUCUUCCUGACCAAAUCGGGUGGUGUGCAGAUUAAGAGGUCGGGCGUCACUCGAUUCGCGAACAACAUCAUCAUAUUGCAGUCGCUGUGGGACAGGAGAAACGCCCUGAAAUUGACUGUGGCUGCCAGCGGGUGGGUGUCGUCCAUAGUGCCGCCCCACUUGCGUUCUCAAUUCGAGGAGGUGACGACGACUAUCCUGGAUGGCRGCUUUUGGGAGCGGGUGGAGAAGGCCUUGAGRACCACGGACCCCAUCGUGACGCUAYCGAAGCUUGUCGAUGGUCCGGGCGCAACAAUCGCCAAGGUUUAUCAUCGAAUGGAUUGUGUGGUSGAGUCGAUUCGCAAGUUGGACAUCUUGACAGACUUCGAGAAGGUAGAGGUCGAGUCGAUCCUCAUGGAGCGAUAUGCGUUCAUGACUUCAGAGUUGCACUGUGCAGCAGCCUUCUUGGACCCGGAGAGGAGGACGAAGCUUAUGCCCACCCGCCUAUCAAAGCUCGUCUACAACAAUUGGAACCUCCACCUGCAGUGGAGGCAAGAGCACAGUCGUGGUGUGGAUGAUGUCCACAUUCCGUGGGUGGAGGAAAUGCCAGAUGCCGAGUUGAAGGAGGAGGCAGAGCAAUUUUACAAUGAAUGGGUGAAACGGGUGACGAACAACACAUCGAGUGGAGGGAAUGACGCGUCAGAGGAGGAAGACAAGUCGGAGGACAACGGCGAUGGCGAGGAAGUGCUGGAGCGUGCCUUGCAAAGGUUGUCGGACCAUCAGCGCCCAACACUUGAAGUGCGGUGUAACAAGGAGGACCGGGAGCUGGCGCUGCGGGCUCGAGAGACGGGCGGUUGGGUGGAGGGUCGAAAGGAAGGCGGAAGCAGUAGGCAACGUAAAGUGCGGCGCGGUGAUAAGUGUCGUUGUGAUGGUAAACGUGCUGCGAAGGAGGUCAUUGCACUUCCGGAAAAACGGAGGAGAGGGCAACCGACCAACAAAGAGGUCACAGCAAGAAAAGCAGCAAUGCAAGCUGAGAAGAGAAAGGCUGCGGUGGAGGCAUCGAGAAAAAAAAAAACUGCUGCAAAGAAAAAAGCAGCAGCAAAAACAAGAAAGAGGGACGACAUCAUCGACGAUGAUGGCACGAAAGCAUGUUCGUCGUCUUCAAAUUUAUCAGAGGAAGGGGAUGAUGAAGAUCAUGAUCCCAUCGACGAAGAACCGCGGAGUGUUGAGGAGGGAAUUGAGCACGAGGAGGAGGAGGAGGAAGACGAGAAGGAGGAGGAAGGCGAGGAGGAAGAGGAAGGGGAGGGGGAAGAGGAAGGGGAGGAGAAAGAGGAAAGGGUCGCAGAGGAAGAGGGUGAGACUUCUACACGGGGAGGUGCAGAGGAUUAGGAAACUUAGGCCGAGUUGAUGCUGCUGACUGCAAAGUUCGCAGUUUCGCAGUUUAUCUUUUGAUGUUUGGUUAAACUUGGAACAAAGUAAGAAUUGUGAA